AUGUUCGCACCGCUCCAGGGUCCAGUUUUCCCCAGUAAUACACGCGCUGUCUGCAUCGGAAGCGGACGGUUCCUGCGCGCGGUGCUCGUGCCCGUCUUCCGAGCUCUUGACUCGGGUGUUGUAGUGGCUCAGACGCGGGGCUCAAGCUUCGCAACGGCUUGUACCGCUACCAAAGGGACGUACCAAGUGGACAUUAUUCAUCCGGAUGGACGCGUGGACACGACCAGUUACCAAUUGGAAGCAGUUGGCUCGUUAGGGGUUCCAGAAGGUCGUGCGGCGUUCCUGGAGCUUCCAUCCAAGCUGCCCCAGCUCAAGUACAUUGGUUUUGGAGUCACGGAAGCUGGACUGCGCUCGAAUACGCAGGUCAUUAAAGACCUCGCGGAGUUCUUGCAAUGCGCCUUUGAAACUAUUCCUGAUAAUGUGUUGUCUGUGAUUAACACGGACAACUUCCCGAGAAAUGGCGACCACAUCAAGAAGCUUGUACUCGAAGUUGACUGGGUCAACGGUGAUAAUGCCCUUGCGUUCCGGGCGUACUUGGAUGCCAAAGUGCACUUUCACAAUACUAUGGUAGACCGCAUUACCAACCACCGUGUGGACGACUUGUUAGUGCCUCUGACGGAGCCGCUUCCAGCCAAAGCCAUUGUCAUUGAAGAUCUGAAGGGAGUGCUGGAUGCUGAGAAUCUUCGGGAGGUGCCUGGCGUUCAUGUGCGCACUGUUGAGCAAGCAAUUUCCAAGGACUAUCUGCUCAAGUUUUCGCUGGGCAAUGCUGUAAACUCAGCGAUGGUGUAUCUCCUUGCGCUUUCACGUCAACGAACGGCAAAUCAGUUUCAGGAGUUUCCUAUCAUCAGCCGUUAUUUAGACGCACUGUUCGAAAAGGACAUUCUGCCAGCACUGAUCGCUGGUGGUGUGGUUGAAAACGAAGCUCGUAUGUUUUACGCUGAGUGGAUUGAGCGCAUGAAGCACCCGCACUUCGGACUGGACACUUUCUGGGUCUCUCAGAACGCGCUUCUUCGGAUUUACGUGCGUCUGCUGAACUCGGUGAACACCAACAUCGCCGAGGACGAGAACUACCGUCCAAGUAAAUUUAUGGCGCUCGCAACGGCAGCCGCUUUGCGGUACCUUACGCCGUGCCAAGCCGAUUCUAAGCGUGACAACCCCUGCAUAUUCGUUGGCCAGAUGGAUUCUAUCCAGAAUACCGCACCAAUCUUCUCGACCACUGAGAAAACUUGGACCUACGACGCAGGUCUCACCGCCAACCUCUCUACCGGCAAGUAUGAGUUCGAUGAUGGCGAGAAUGGUCGUGUGUCCCGACUACUCUGGCGAGCUAGUCGGCAUGUGCUCGAAGCCAGCAAGAGCAGUAGCCGUGACUUUCGCAAGUCUGCUCGCGCAGAGUCUUCCUCUGAGGUUUCCAGCGGUGUUGGCGUGGCAGUUGCCAGUGUACUAAACUCAGUCGAGGGAUUUGAUCUUACGAACGACGCAUACGCUUCAUUCGCUGCUGACGUUGCUGCUCUGUACCAGCGGCUCGUGUCCGGCAAGCAAACUGCUCUCGAAACCCUCGAGGACGUGCUUCGCAAUCACCACACUAGUGAGUACCUCGCUACGAAGGACGAGGUUGGGACAUUUGUGCGCGAGGCCGUUGCCAGCGUCCAAAUCAUUGACGUGCACACGCACCUGUUCCCUCCUAGCCACGGCAAACUCAUGCUCUGGGGCAUCAACGAGCUGUUGACCUACCACUACCUCGUGGCCGAGUUCCUACAGACGGCGCCCAUGCAAGUGGAAGAGUUCAACUCGUGCCCAAAAGAACAGCAAGCUUGUCUCAUCUGGCAGCACCUGUUCGUGGACCGCUCUCCGGUAUCGGAAGCUUGCCGUGGAGUCCUGACAACGCUGCACUUGUUGGGUCUGGACCAUCUCGUGGCGAGACGCGAUCUGUCUGCUAUUCAAGAAUGGUUCAAGCAUCAGGAUGCCGAGGAGUACGUGGACAUGGUAUUCCGCCUGUCUGGUCUCAAGUAUGCGGUGAUGACAAACAUCCCAUUUGAACCGGAGGAGGCUCGGCACUGGCUGGGCGAUCCGGCCACUAACACGCCACCACCUGCAUGGUCACGCAAGUACUUCCGUUCGGCUCUACGCGUGGACCAGGUCCUGCUUGGCGACUGGACGUCCAUCGGUCCGACGCUGGAUGUGUUCAUGCUACCGCAUACACUAGCGGGUGUACGCGCGCUUCUGGAGAAGUGGAUCGACAUCAUGAAGCCCGAGUACUUCAUGUCCAGCGUGCCCAUUUUCUUCGAGUACCCAGAUGAGAACGCGCCGACUUCUGGUGCGAACGAGCAACCAAAUGGUGCUGAGUUGCUAUUGCAAGUGCUGCUGCCUCUAGCUGAAGAAAAGAAGCUGCCAAUUGCGCUGAAGUUUGACAGCGUGCGUCCGAUCAACGCUCGCUACGGUGUGGCCGGUGACGGCGUGAAGCCCAGCAACGUGGACGUUUUGAUCAAGCUGUGCCGCAACUUUCCCAAAGUAAAGUUUCUAGCCACGUUCCUUUCGCGUGUGAACCAGCACGAAGUGACGGUGGCGGCCAACAAGUUUCGGAACUUGCACCUAUAUGGCUGCUGGUGGUACUGCAACAACCCGUCGAUCAUUGAAGAGCUCACUCGGAUGCGUAUCGAGAUCCUGGGCACGGCGUUCACGAGCCAGCACUCGGACGCGCGUGUGCUAGACCAACUCAUUUACAAGUGGAGCCACUCGCGCGACGUGAUUGGCGAAGUUUUGGUGGACAUGUACGAGAAGCUUUUUGCAACGGGCUGGAAGAUAUCCAAGAGCGACAUCCAGCGCGACGUCCAGAGGUUGUUUGGUCAGAGUUACGAGGACUUCAUGGCAAAGAGCAUGUGA